ACGCCGUCCUCCGUACGCACCUCUUAAUCGACACAAUGGCUGCCCUUUCCGCUGCUACCUCCGUCUUCGCCGGCAAGGCCGUCGUCGCCGCCCCCGCGGUCCGCAAGGCCGAGAAGGUGUCCGUCGUCGUCAAGGCUGACAUGUCCAAGAAGGCUGUCUCCCUCGCCGUCGCCGGUGUCGUCGCGUUCUCCGCGAUGCCCGCGCUCGCGCUCAACCAAAUCGAGCUCCAGGACAAGCGCGUCACUAACAAGGAGGGCCUCCAGCUCAUCUACGAGGCGCGCGACCUGAACAUCGCGGAGAGCACGCGUCAGGACGGCCCGUCCCGCUUCGCCUUCCAGAAGCUGAACUCCAACCAGACGAAGGCGCGCGCGACCGAGUCCCUCAACCGCAUCAACAAGGACGUCCCGGAGUACGUGGAGAAGGCGUACUGGUCCCAGGCCGGUAUGGAGCUCCGUCGUCAGCUCAACACGAUGCGCUUCGACAUCAACAACCUCGUCGAUGAGAAGGGCGGCGACAGGACGCAAGCGAAGAAGUUCUACCAGGCCGUCGAGGCGCUCGACUUCCAGAUCCGCUCCAAGGAUAAGGAUGGCGCCACGGCUGCCGUUGCCACCGUGCAGGAUCUUGGCAACGCCCUCCUCGCGUCUCUCGUGUAAAUCGCCACCGUGGGUGAUUAGCAUUUAGAGACAGGGAAGACAGAAGCAACAUUUUAAUGAGAUUGAGGCAGGCGCUGCGGGUGCAGCGAUAAAAACC